CACCCCCUGAGGAGGGUCACCCUUCCCUUCCCCCCUCAGCCUGCUCUUUGAGGCGCUUGAGGUCCCCGUGCAUGUGUUGUCCUCUGGAAGUCUACUUGAGUGCACUGAAGAUGAGGAUGAGUAAAUGUGGCAUUAUCCUCAUCGGCUCCGUUGCUGCUGGCUGCUGGCUUUCAUUUGCUUUUCAAUUUCUCUUCUCCUUUUGGCGCUGUGGGUGAUGCAGCAGGACGGGUGUGGCAGUGAGCAGAUUGUGGACGUCCUUUCUCUCAGGAACCACAGAGACUAUUGGUUGUCCUCGGAACAUUAUCUAGUCUGUGGAACGAUUGAGCGCAAUGACCACAGUCACUCCAAUGGAAUGGAAUCAGGGCUCUGUGACUGGAUGACCACCAACCUGACCAGGGACAUUGACCGUAAGCCUCGGGGACGCCUCUCCAUGCCACAGUGUCAGUGUGAGCCACAGCCACACCCUGGGGUUCCGAGGGACCAGGAAUGGGCCAGAGACGGCAGACGAUCAGCCAGCCAGCAGGGAGGGCAGUGUGAAGACUGUGAGAUGUGUCUGUGGUGUAGGGGAGUCCAACACAAUCCUCAUAACACCAGUGUAGGACUGGAGACUCUCUCAGACAUUAAUGAGAGGCUUCAGCGUUCACUACAGGGCAUCAUUGAUUGGCUAUCUGUGAAGGAUGAGGAGCUAUCUGACAGUUUGCCUUUACAUGGCGAUGUAACAAGCUACAAACAUCAGAGUGAGAUACAUCAGGUUUUCGUUGAGGAGUUAAAGUCUCGAGGACCCUUUAUUUACUCGGUGUUGGAGUCCGCUCAGGCCUUUCUGUCACAAUGUGCCACUGUGGAUCCAGAUGACAGUAAAGACGUGAGUACUCGACAGCAGAGUGUCGGUCGCUGGGUGUGGAGGCAGGCCGCAGUGGCCGGAGACCUGUGGGAGAGUGUGAUGUCACGCAGUGUUCAGCGCCACAAACACAUGCAGUGUACUCUGGAGCGCCUCACAGAGCUACAGGGGGCUGUGGAGGAGCUGUGCCUGGACAUGGAGCAGGCUGAGGGGGUGCAGGAGGCCUGGGGGCCCAUAGGAGACCUCCUCAUUGACUCACUGCAGGACCACAUCGAUGCCACCAAGUUGUUCCAGGAGGAGCUGACUCAGGGUCAGGAGGGCUUGAAGCAUGUCAACCAGCUAGUCCACCAGCUGACCAUCUCCAGUGUCCCCCUAUCAGAGGACAACACCCAGGGUCUGCAGCAACUCAACACCAGAUGGAAACUGCUGGAGGAGUCCACUGAGAAGAGGCUGAGGCAUCUGCAGGAUGUCUACAGAGACUUUGGGCCCAGGUCCCAGCAUUUCCUCUCUGGUUCAGUGCAGAUUCCAUGGGAACGUGCCAUAUCGCCCAACAAAGUGCCAUACUACAUUAACCAUCAAACACAGACCACUUGUUGGGAUCAUCCACAAAUGAAAGAGCUCUACCAGGCACUUGCUGAUCUGAACAAUAUCAGGUUCUCUGCCUACCGAACAGCCAUGAAGCUGCGACGUGUACAACAGGCCUUGAGAUUGGACAAGCUGAGCCUUGGCUGUGCGGCAACGGUUUUCCAGGGCCUGGGGUCGGGGUAUGAUGACCCCGUGACGGACGCUGUUGAGGUUAUGGAUGUCCUGGAGGUCAUCCAUGCUCUGACCAGCCUGUACGAGCAGCUGGAGGAGAAACAUGGCGUCUUGCUCGACAUCCCGCUCUGUGUGGACAUGUGUCUCAACUGGCUGCUCAACGUAUACGACAGUGGCCGUAAUGGGCAGCUGAGUAUCCUGUCCUUCAAGACAGGACUGGUGUGUCUAUGCAAUGCUGAGAUUCAGGAGAAAUGCAAAUAUCUGUUCUGGCAGGUGUCUGGGCCUGGUGGAUGUGCUGACCAGCAGCACCUCAAUGCCCUGCUUCAGGAGAUAAUCCAGAUCCCAUGGCAGCUAGGAGAGGUGGCUGCCUUUGGAGGGAGCAAUGUGGAGCCAAGCGUGGCCAGCUGCUUUCGCAUGGCUCCUGGGAAGACCUCCAUCCAGUUGUCCCACUUCCUGGAGUGGAUGAGCCUGGAGCCCCAGUCCAUUGUGUGGCUGCCUGUGCUUCAGCGAGUGGUCCAGGCAGAGAACGCCCAACACCAGGCCAAGUGCUCCAUCUGCAAACAGUGUCCCAUCAAAGGCUUCAGAUACAGAAGCCUCAAGCAGUUUAAUGUGGACAUUUGUCAGAGCUGCUUCCUGUCCGGGCGUACUACCAAGGCCAAGUCUUUAAUUUACCCAAUCAUGGAGUAUUACACCCCAACCACUUCAGGGGAAAGGAUGCGUGAUUUUGCCAAAACACUGAAGAACAAGUUCAGAUCAAAGCAGUACUUCAGCAAGCAUCCCCAGAGGGGCUACCUGCCUGUACAGUCUGUCUUGAGGUCAGGGAGUGAGGAGACGCCCAGCUCGUCCCCGAGGCUUCCCCACUCAGACACACACUCCAGGAUUGAGCACUAUGCCUGCAGACUCGCUGACAUGGAGGACCAAAACUGCUCCUUCUUCAAUGAGAGCUUGGAUGAGGAUCAGUAUCUUGACCGUCUGGAGCAGGACUCCCUGGCCUCCUGUCAUCAUUACAUGGGUUAUACAGGCUGUGAGACCCAGGAUGAGCUGCAGAGGACACUGGCCAUGCUGGAGAAUGAGAACAGGGUGCUCCAGGGGGAGUACCGACGUCUGAAGUGGCAGCACGCUGAGGCCCAGGCAUGUCCACAACUGAGGGAGGGCUCUGUGGACCCGGAGGACUACCAGGACCAGGCCUUGCUGGCUGAGGCCAAAGGCCUGAGGCACCAUAAGGGCAGGCUGGAAACCCGCAUGCAGAUCCUGGAGGACCACAACAAGGUGCUAGAGUCCCAGCUUCACCGGCUCAGGGAGAUUCUACAACAGAACAGAGAGGGUUCAGAGGACAAUGUAUCGACUGGAACACCAUCAUCUGUGUACUCUCCUGUGUCACGAAGAGACCAGCUGGGGAGACAGCUAAGCUCAGGAGCCUCCAACACAGAACCCCCAGGGCCUGCUUUGGAGCCAGAGCAGGGUGUUACAGCCGAUCACCUUCAACAGGUCAUAGAGCAACUGAAGAACGUCUUCCCCUUAGAGACCAGAGAGAACGGUGUUGCAUCACCUUUUUGACUUGUUCGCCAUCCCAGAGACCAGACUGUGAACCUAACAACACCUAUCGUUAACGGAUAGCCUUUCAAGAUUCCUCUCACUAUGAUCAAGCACAUAUCACUACUGAGAUCCAUGUGUGUUUUAUCCAGCUUAAUACACAUUGAAAUGAACAUGUUUUACAAAAUAAGUGUACAUUAUGGAUGUCCAGUGGCCAAAUGUACCACUGGAUGGAAAUGUGUUGUUUUAUGGUGUUAGGCCCAUCUUUGUCUAUGUGUAAUAUUUCAUGAUGUUGAUAUUUUUUACAUUUUCAAGAAUUAAUAAAUUCAUAAUUCAA